CCACCACCACGAGAAACCCAUCCUCAAACCUCUGUCUUUCCCUUCCUCCACCUCACUUCACUCUCGCUAAACCACAUUCAAACAAUUAUCUAUUCAAAUGCUUCAAUCCUUCGCACCAUUUUUGUGAUAUUAAUUUCGUUUUAAGCUUCGUUUCCUAAGUAGCAUUGUAUCGGAGUGUCUCGUUCAUUUCCGUCGACAAUGGCUUGUGCAUUGCAAGCAACAUUGGCGGCCAACAGCUGCGCGUUUUCUAAUCGUAGAUUCUUCAUGAAACAUCAGAGAGCCAGUAAGCGAAGUAUCGGCUUGUUCACAGUGAGAGCUUCCUCUGACGAUGAUGACUGCAAUGAGGAAGAAUGCGCCCCCGAAAAGGAAGUUGGGAAGAUCAGUGUGGAGUGGUUAGCGGGGGAUCGGACCAAAGUGGUGGGUACAUUUCCACCUAAGAAGCGCGGUUGGACAGGUUAUGUUGAGAAGGAUACUGCUGGACAGACAAACAUAUAUUCAGUUGAGCCUGCAGUUUAUGUGGCUGAAAGUGCUAUAAGUUCUGGAAGUGCUGGUUCUUCCUCAGAUGGAUCUGAGAACACAGCAGCACUCGCUGCUGGCCUCGCCCUGGUCUCUGUUGCCGCAGCAUCAUCAAUACUGCUACAAGUGGGUAAAAACACACCGGCUCCGGUGCAGGCAGUUGGAUACUCAGGACCAUCACUGGGUUAUUAUAUCAACAAGUUUAAACCACCAGAGCUUGUUCAGGCUUCAGUACCAAGCCAAACAGAAGAAUUACCAUCAACAAGCCAGACAGAAGAAUUGCCAGCAGCUGCCCAGCUUGAAGGAUCUCUCUCAGAAGCUCCCCAAGUUCAGGCUCAGACCUCAAGUGAGAAUGUUGUCUCAUAGGCUAUGGAAAUUAUUCAACCCCUUUUCUGUAAGAAUGCGGAUUUAGAUAUUUUGAAGUUACUUCAAUAGGUAGUUCAAAGCUUUGGUUUGGAUGGAGAGAGAAGUGAGAAGAAAAUAGGGAUGAGAAAAGACUUUUUGAGGAGAAAUUUCCAAAAAUAGUAAAUUUUUUACUAUAAAUUUACUAUUUUUAAGAGUUUCCCUCAUUUUUUCCUCCCUGUUUUUCUCUCUAUCCAAACGAGGGGCAAGGGAAAGAGAGAGGAAAAUGUAGUGUGCGCGUUUGCUUCUUGAGUCCAGCAAUAAGUGAACGUCACUUAUUUACUUUUUAUUUCUUAACAUUCCCUCAAGUUGUUUUCAGAAGAUCUUGAGUCCCCCAAAACACAGUGGUAGGGUUUAUUCACUUAUUCUGUAUCAAUAGUAUACUCUUCUAUACCAUGAUUCAUGUAUAUUCAAAUUACGAAGAGUUAUAUGACUGUUUGGUAUGUGACAACUAAUCAGUUCUUGCUAAA